AUGGACAAGUCUCAGAACUCGAUGACCUUUUCUCAGGAAGGUGGUAGCAAUCUGAGCGAGCGAGUUAUGUUGAAUGUUGGUGGCAAGAAGUUUGAGACUACGGUAGCCACGUUGACACGGAUUCCGGAUACGGUCCUCGCGGUAAUGGUCAGUGAUCGUUGGAAGACUGGCGACGAAAUUUUCAUCGACCGAGAUCCUAAACACUUUGGGAAAGUUCUCAACUACCUCCGAGAUGGAGACCAUUUUGUGGUACCAGCCGAUACGGAAGCCUGUGAGGAAUUGAAGAGAGAAGCUCAUUUCUACAAUAUGCCAUUUCUUGCUGAGCUUUGUCUUCCGAUGAAUGUCGAUGUGGCAGAUAUUGUUCAAUGGAAGCGGGAUGCAAUUGAGAUUUACUGGCGCCCAUUCGUUCGUUAUAUGGUCGAUGAUUCACUAUCACUUCCAUUCAUUUAUGAUAGAAACAACCACACAUUGGCACGAUGCAUUGCUUGCGAAGAAUUCCAGGAUCCCAAAUGUUCAUACCUUUUUGAUAUCAACUAUACAGCAUGGGAACCAAUGAGACAUCACAUGUACAAUAUGACUGGAGAAGUCACACAGUUGAUGGGCGAGAAUUGUUGCAUCGUUUCGUGGGACAACGGACAACAGAUUCAUCUUCCGAGAUCUGCACUCAUCAAGGUUCCAGGAAUGCAGCAUCAGUGA